AUGUCAUUUCCUCUCUGUCCCGUCGCUGAUAAUAAACAGGAAAAUAAGCAUGUGAAGCUGGGCGCUCUCCGCGACCCCCUGCUGGACGACCAGGGCGACUUCAACAGGAUGUGUGUGGCGAUGAAGAAGAUCGGCCUGAACGACACGGAGAAGCUGGACCUCUUCAGGGUCGUCGCUGGGGUUCUGCAUCUGGGAAACAUCGACUUUGAAGAAACUGGGAGCUCCUCAGGUGGUUGCACCAUUAAGAAACAGUCGGACCAGACGUUGAAGUUCUGCGCGGAGCUGCUGGGUCUGGACCAGGACGACCUGCGGGUCAGCCUCACAACUAGAGUUAUGCUCACAACAGCAGGGGGCGCCAAAGGCACGGUUAUCAAGGUUCCUCUAAAGGUGGAGCAGGCGAACAAUGCUCGGGACGCGCUGGCCAAGGCCGUGUACAGCCGCCUCUUCGAUCACGUGGUCAAACGGGUCAACCAGUGCUUCCCCUUCCAGGCGUCCUCCAACUUCAUCGGCGUGUUGGACAUUGCCGGGUUUGAAUACUUUGAGCACAACAGCUUUGAACAGUUCUGCAUCAAUUACUGCAAUGAGAAACUGCAGCAGUUCUUCAACGAACGCAUCCUCAAAGAGGAGCAGGAGCUCUACCAGAGGGAAGGGCUGGGGGUGAACGAGGUGCAUUAUGUGGACAACCAGGACUGCAUUGAUCUUGUGGAGGCGAAGCUGGUGGGAAUCCUGGACAUCCUGGAUGAGGAGAACCGGCUUCCUCAGCCCAGCGAUCAGCACUUCACUUCGGCCGUUCACACCAAACACAAGGAUCACUUCAGACUGACGGUGCCCAGGAAGUCAAAGCUGGCGAUCCACAGGAACCUUCGAGACGACGAAGGUUUUAUGAUCCGCCACUUUGCAGGGGCCGUCUGCUAUGAAACGACGCGGUUCGUGGAGAAGAAUAAUGACGCCCUCCACAUGUCCUUGGAGAGUUUAGUGUGUGAAUCAAAAGACAAAUUUGUUCGAGAGCUGUUUGAGAACUCCAGCACCUCCAAGGACUCCAAACAGAAGGCGGGCAAACUCGGCUUCAUCAGCGUCGGCAACAAAUUCAAGACGCAACUAAACCUGCUCCUUGAGAAGCUCCGCAGCACGGGCUCCAGCUUCAUUCGCUGCGUGAAGCCGAACCUGAAGAUGGUCAGCCAUCAGUUCGAAGGAGCGCUGAUCCUCUCGCAGCUGCAGUGCUCAGGGAUGGUUUCGGUUCUGGACCUGAUGCAGGGCGGCUUCCCCUCCAGGGCCCCAUUCCACGAACUCUACAACAUGUACAAGGCUUACAUGCCAGACAAACUCACACGGCUGAAUCCUCGACUCUUCUGCAAGGCUUUAUUCAAAGCUUUGGGACUAAAUGAAAAAGACUUCAAGUUUGGACUAACCAAAGUGUUCUUCCGACCAGGAAAGUUUGCUGAGUUUGACCAGAUCAUGAAGUCCGAUCCAGCGCAUCUCGCUGAGCUGCUGAAGAAAGUCAACAAGUGGCUGCUGUGCAGCCGCUGGAAGAAGGUCCAGUGGUGCUGCCUGUCUGUCAUCAAACUGAGGAAUAAAAUGCAUUACAGAGCUGUAGCCUGUAUUAAGAUUCAGAAGACGGUCCGCAUGUGGCUGUGUAGGAAGAAACACAAGCCGAGGAUUGAAGGUCUGGUGAAAGUCCAGAAGCUGAAGAAGCAAAUGGAGCGUUUCAACGAGGUGGUGAACGGACUGAAGGAAGGGAAGCAGGAGAUGGCCAAACAAGCUACAGAGCUGGCCAAAGCCGUAGACGCUCUGUUAGCGAAGAUCAAGGCCACGGUGAUGACCUGGAAGCAGAUCGACACAGAGUACCAGGCGCUGGUGAAACGCUCCGAGCAGCUGCUCGCCUCCAUGCAGAAGAAGAAACGGGAGGAGGAAGAGACGGAGAGACUGAAACACAUCGAGGAGGAGAUGCAGAAGGAGAGGAAGAGGAGGGAGGAGGAAGAGCAGCGACGUAAACAGGAGGAAGAGGACAGAAGGCUAAAAGCAGAGAUGGAAGUGAAAAGAAAGCAGGAAGAGGAAGACAGGAAGAAGAGGAAGGAGGAGGAAAAAGUUAUUCAGGCAGAACUGGACGCACAGUUGGCUCUGGAGCGCGAGGAGCAGGUCCAGCGCGCCGCCAUGGUGGAGCAGGAGAGACGCGACCGCGAGUUGGCCAUGAGGAUCGCUCAGAGCGAGGCCGAGCUCAUCAGCGAGGACGGCCAGGGCGACGCGGGCCUGCGCAGCGAUGACUUCUUUUCAGGUCUUCCUAUCUCUUCAUCCUCAACCAGAGUCAUGGGUGCUCAGGUGCAGGCGACCAAAGCUGCUGCCGGCGUGAAAAAGUACGAUCUCAGCAAGUGGAAGUAUGCUGAGCUGAGAGAUGUCAUCAACACUUCCUGUGACAUUGAGCUGCUGGCGGCCUGCAGAGAGGAGUUCCACCGUCGUCUGAAGGUUUAUCACUCCUGGAAGUCCAAGAACAAGAAACAAAAUGAUGAUGGGAGCGACAUGAGGGUUCCUAAAUCUAUCACUGACUAUGCUGAGCAGAACCCGGCUCCUCCAACUCCGGCCCAGCAUCAGGAAGUCGCCAUGAACCGCCAGCAGCGAUACUUUCGGAUUCCUUUCAUCCGACCCGCUGACCAGUACAAGGACCCGCAGAAUAAAAAGAAGGGCUGGUGGUACGCCCACUUCGAUGGGCCGUGGAUAGCCAGACAGAUGGAGCUGCAUCCAGACAAACAGCCCAUUGUGUUGGUCGCAGGUAAAGACGACAUGGAGAUGUGUGAGCUGAGUCUGGAGGAGACGGGUCUGACCAGGAAGCGGGGCGCUGAGAUCCUGCCCAGGCAGUUUGAGGAGAUCUGGGAGCGCUGCGACGGGAUCCAGUACCUGAAGAGGGCGAUAGAGAACAAGCAGGCUCGGCCAACGUACGCCACCGCCAUGCUGCAGAGUCUCCUCAAGUGAAAACAUGCUUCUGCGUGAGCAGUUCACUGUCUCUGCGCUUUGUGGGAAAUUAGGAAAUAACGUGCAAAGAUGCUCCCUGUUCAUCUCUAAAUGCUCACUUGAUAGCAAUUCUUAUACUGAUUUAAUUUUCUAUUUUUUAUUAAUUUGCAGUGCAACAGUUUAAUUUAGUAGCGUUAGCAAACUGGUUGUUUUCUGAAAUCUAUGCAGAAAUUCAGAAUCCCACUUUGAGGCCUUAAAAUUGCAAUAAAGUUGCACCACAGACGUCUUAACUGGUUCAUCCUCUGUAGCUGUAAACUUAAAACCCAAACAGUGACACCAAAUUAGAGCUUUUACUGUCUUAUGAUGCCAUAAAAUUCAUGCUUUAUGGUUUUUGUGACUAUAACCAAGGACAGUCACCAUUUACACCAAGAUACAUGAUGUCAUAAGUUUUUAGCAAAGUCAGAAUCCAAUUCUUAUUCUUCAAACAAGCUCAUGCCGACUGAAUUAGACCAUUCUAAUAUUUUAUGUUGUCAGUUAUGGGAGAUUUCACGUAAUGUUGCCUGUAAAGAAUAGAAAGUCAUUUGUUCUCCUGGCUGCUCUCAAUCUGCCUCUGGAGUCUUUUUUAUUGUUACUCAUUUGAUAUGGAAGAGGGAAAUGUUUUCAUGUUUGCAGUCUUGUGCAUACAGGGUUGUUUUACAGCUAAUAAUGUUGGUGUUUGUGUUAUGUUUUGUUUUUUCUCAAUGGUUAAACAAAUAUUUUACCUGAAAAAAAUCCCAAAAUCUGAGUUAUGAAACUGAGCUUGAUGGCCUUUUCUCUGGAAAAACUGUAGAAAAUAAACAUUUCUGAAAAAUUCC